AUGCAACGAUGUAACAAAUCCCCAAUGCAGGACCAUACAAGAGAAGAAUCUCAGCUGAGCCGCACUCGCACGGCCCGCAACAUUCUCAGGGUCGGUAGUAAUGCCGCAAUACCACGCAACUUGUCCAUACCCUCGGAGAAUUCCCCCAGUGAUAAGCGGCGGGGCCUAGUUAUCCCUUGCCAACCUCGCUCCCGUCGCAGCCUUCCUAGCGGUGGAAUUGCAACAAGUGGGACAUGGGUGGCACUACAAGAGCGGAAAAAGAGUUUAAGUAAAAAAAGCUUAGCACACUCGCUGGGUGCGUUUCAGACCUAG